UAAAAAUUUCAUGUGACUCGCCAAGAAAGGCGAAACAUUCCACCAAUCUCGAACGUAGCAUUCGAGUUUCUCUUGACAAUAAAGCACAGGGAUUUUCUCGUCGAUAGCUCUUUAAUGACCUAUUCCUUCUGCCUUUUUCAAUCUUUAUUACUUUCGUUCUUUUCUCGUUCACGUAAUUAUCCAGCGUCACCAAGGAACGAGGUACAAAGUAUAUAGGCGUAGGCGAGACCCUGCAGUCCACCCUUCGUUUUCCACACAAGGUCAGCGAGUUCCUGGUGCAAACACUGGCAGCGUUCAAAGUGAAUUUCAAAUUCCACUUCUACCGGCUCUUCGAGGUGGAUAAAGACAUGACCAGGAUAUUGGAGUCGUCAGAUAAAAAACUGCGUAUGACCACGCGACGGGAGUCCAUACGUACGUCAACCCGCAUCCCUCCGACGACGGAUGCUCUUCGUUCGCUUGGCAAUUCGACCAGCCAGAUCUUGGACAACUUACGGGGCAACCCCGCAGCAAUCGCCGCCAUUGGCAGGCUGCGGUCAGAACCUCUGUCCACUGCGGGUCUUUACGCUCUCAGCGUGCUGCUGGCGCAGGUGAUUAAGUACCGCCUGCUGCUCCGAGAGCUGUACGUUCCGAACCGCUCCGACAACGUUCGCUGGUGCCUGCAACUGACGGCCGAGCACUUCGGGGCCCUCUACGCCGACUGGGUGGCGCGCGAGUUCCAGAAGCCCGAAGCCGUGGCCACGGUUCGGGGCCUGUUCGCCGACAUCCGGGUGCUGCUGAUGCGAGACAACCGCGUCAACCGGGGUGUGCUCGUCGACGUGGGUCACUUGAAGAGGACGGAGUUGCUGUUUUAUGGGCAAGACAAUACGAAGGAAAUAGUCCCGCCAGCGCCGCAGUUUCACGCCCGGCUGGGCGACGCCUUCCUCCCCAACCUGGCCCUCGCGCUCCGCAGUCGCGUGGGCCGACGUCCCAGCGCCGAUCGCUCGGCCGACUAUGUCCUCUCCGGUUACCUGGGCUACGACGGCGACUCGUUCGUCGUGACGCCCGCCUACCUGUCGGGACACGGGGUGCUGGCGCUGCGCGUGGACGAGGUGGACGUGUUCUACCCGACGGUGGCGGCGCUGAUGCUGCGAGCCAUCUACGAGGACUCCGCCUUCUACUCGCCCUCCUCGCUGACCAACUACACGGAGGAGUGCUUCAGCGAGUCUGUGUCUUUCGCGCUGGGAAGAUACGUGGCGCCCCACGCGGUCCUGCCGUUCAUGGGAAGUCGCUGGGCGACGUUCUUCGCGUCGUUCCUGGCCCGACGCAGGGCGGCCGACGUUCGACGCCGAUUGGGCGACCGCGGCCGCGCGCACCUCUACUUCCGGCUCGCCUGCUUCCUCGGAUGCGGAGACGCCGCGUUGCGGGACACCUGCAACGACGUCGCCUACGCUAGCGACGACCUGGCGCUCUCGCUGGGCUGCCGCCGGGAGCGGAGCGUCAAGUGCGACUGCGGCCGCCUGGACAACUGCGAGACUCACGUUCCGCGAGCGUAAAGAGAGAGAGGGGGAGAGAGGGAAUUCUGAACAUAAACUUACAGCGCAAACACCUAAGACGAACCACAGAAGGAAGAUACGACACACCUUUUGGUGGUUCGUCUUAGGUGUUCGCGCUGUAAGUUCAGAAUUAUGUAACAGCUAAGCCCAAAUGAAGUGUUGGAGAAGUAGAAGACGGGAAAUUUCUGGCAGGGAGGUCAACCAGACGCACGUCCGGUUUGCUACCCUGCGCAGGGGGAAGGGGGGCCGCGCGCGCAAAUCGAAGGACCGCCGCUUGCGAGGGGAUCGCCCGUUAAGCGAAGGCGACGCUGUAUAUAAGGGCGCUCGCUAUACGGCGAUCAUUCGGAUGGCGCGCGAAAUAAAUUACGCGAUGUUCUCGCUGAUGGGAUUCUGUGGGCAAGGACGACGAUCGCUUCGAUAGAGUUGGAGA